UAUUCCACUUAAUUAGGUUAACCCUUCUCCAAGGCACAAAAACAGCUUAAAAAGGGUUAAAAAAUUUGAGUCCAACAAUAAAAACCUAACCCUACCAAAACCAUUGGUGCAGCCGCCAAAGACCCUUUUUUUUUUUUUUUCUCUGAAACCUUAGAAUUAAUUCAAUAAUGGCUUCCUACGGAUCAGAAACUCCAGAAAAUGCAUUGAAACUGUGGUUAGAGGCCAACGUCCAAGAAACCGGCGCCGCCUUCAAAUAUGCAUUGGUUGGAGGAUCCAUCUUCCACUUUUUUAAAGGCUUAUACCGCUCGCCGAAUGGAGCACGCCUUGCCGGCGCGUGGCACGCUAUGGGAGUGAACGCGCCGCGCGUGGCCGGUAAGUUUGGGGCGUGGUUCGGUCUCAGCACUGCCGUUGGCAUUGCCUUGGGCUACGCUCGCCAGAAAGACGACCUUUGGAACCCCAUUGCCUGCACCACCAUCCCCACCGUACUUCUCUGCAUGCACCGUGGCCGUGCCGCCACCCUAGGCUUCGCGUCCCUUGCCGCUGGGUUAACCGUCGCUAUGGAGCUUUCGGGCCCCAUUGGUCGGAGAUACCUAGCUGAACUGGAUGAUAAAAAAAAGUGCCGCCACGGUCGAUGUGGAAAAUAAUCUUUGAGAAAAGGACAAAUAGGUCCUAACUUUUUGUUCUGGGGACAUUUUUCUCUCUAGCUAUUGAAAAAUAAUUUUAAUUCCCUGACCUUCACAAAAUUUGGACGGAUCAGUCCCUCCGUCCAAAUGCCUCCGUCAGGGACUAAUCCAGUCCAAAUGCUUCCGUCAAGGACUGUCCAAGUUUUGUAAAGGUCAGGGAUUUAAAAGUAUUUUUUAAUGGUCAUGAACAAAAAUAUUCGCGAAGCAAAAGAUCAAAGACCUAUUUAUCUUUUUCUCUUCUUAGGCAUACUCUCAUACUCAAUAU